AUGCCUCUUCCAACGCUUUCGUCGUACGGUGACAGCUUUUUGAGUCGUUCAGACGAAGUCGGACCUCCUUCUGGGCAUCUAUCGAAAGAACUAGGUGCGUAUGGUCAUCAGGAGACUCUAGGCAACUCGGAUGCAUAUCCUUGCAGAGAUGGUGCAUUCUACGGUUUCGAUACAGGGGCUGCCGAUGAAGAUCUCCUGCAAAGCGACGAUGCUCAUACCGUAGACUUUGGCUCGACAUCGUACAAUUCCGCAGGGGGGGUCGUAGACUUUGGGGAGGAGGCCAUGUCCCAGCAGAGCCGUGACAGGGCGAGUGGCUUUGGUCAACACUACUAUAAAAACGCGGUUCCAGUAGUGAUACCCUGGGCUUUGCUACCAUUGCCAGACAUGUGA